UAUUUUACAUGUGUUUGGUGGUAUUAUGACAAGUCAAAUGACAACAGCAAACCAAUAUUUAUUGUCACCUAGUGCGUAAUAGCUAAACUUGCUAUUAUAGUUUAAACACAUUUUCUUCAGUGACAGUUUGUACUUUAUCGUGACCCAAGUCUUAAAAUACAAAUAAAAUCACACUCAGAUGUAUUAUCCUGUUGGUUAUAAUCGAUCUCUAAUGAUCUUCUUGUUGGUGACAUACGUCAUGCAAGUCGUCGGCGCUACGCCGUUGGAAUUCCCGGCGACCACGGAACCGGGCCCGCCAUCGCCUCCGCCAGCCAACUCGUCGACGCCAUCACCCUACCGGUUGCUAGAGGCCGCGCGGCGUGCGGCCGCGUCGCUGUUGCGGGACACGGCGCGGGUGUCGGACAAAGUGCUGUGGAACGCGGGCAAGAUGCUGCUGUCGGCGGGAGGGGCGGUGAACCACAUGUGGGACGCGGCCCUGCACGCGUCCGUCCGGCUGCUGAAGGUCGGCGGCGCGGCGUGCGGCUCUGUCGCCGGGCGGUUGGCCCACGUCCCGAUCAUCGGGUUCGGCGCGUCCGGCGUCAGCGAGGCGGUCAACGUCGCGGUGGACGCGGUGGCCAGAAACGUGGCCCACGACACGCUGGUCCGGAGUCAGGCGUUGGCCGCGCUCAACGCCAAGCUGGACGAGAGCGGCGCGCGUCUGCGGCCGGCCACUGCGGGCGAGACGGGCGGCCCGGCACCCGCGGCAGGGCCGGUCACGUUCUUUCCCCGCGAAUAGCUCUGCAGUGACGUGGACCAAACGACCCAACGCACUUGACAGUCAAUAAUUAUUAUUGUACGCGUACGUUGCACGUGCGCAUGCGUCGCGGUGCUGUGGACGUCAGCCGCCGCCGGUCAUCUCGUGCACGACACACCUACACACACUCACUCGACUUCAGUACUCGGUGACUUGGAAAACGAAAUCUUAAGAUAAUACUUAGCUAUGAUGACGUACUAUUACUAUUGUUAUUAUUAUCGUAAAAUCGAGUUCCUUGGCACGUUUACCGGCUUUGUGUUUUUACCGUCUUUGGCUAUGUAACAUUAUUGUUUUUCACAAUGCGCGAUGCUUAUUCAACAGAUGAGUGUUGUAACAAAACGGUUAUACUUUCAAUUAAGUUUUGUUUAUUUAUCUGUUGUUUUUUUUUUAUGUUUAUAUAGUUUUUAAGUUUUAUUAAAAUUUCAAUAUUAAAUGUCUUCAUUCGACUGAUAUUCCAUAAUAACUAAUAUCGACGGAAAAGAUAUUUUGAAAUUCUUUUAAGAACUACGAAACGAGUGUCAUUUACAUGAAUUGCAUCGUAUAGUAGAAAUAAUAAUUAUUAUUCAACUUGCACUGUAACUACAUUUUAUGUGUAUAUAUUAGCAUUAGUGACAAUAUUUCUUACCGGAUUAAUUGACUCUAACACCAAUAUUUUCGAAUAACAUCUAAUAAAUAUUUAUUUAUAACUGUUAAAAUGAUUAUUAAAACAAAUAUUUGUUGCAAAAUGUUAAACUAGUCUAAUGAAAUAACAAUAAUAAUAUAGUUAUGAUCAAAAUUAUAAAUUGCCAAAUUAUAUUAUAACAUUAUUUACUAUCUGUUAAUUAUAUAUUAUGAACCAACAUUUUUAUUGAUGAUCCAUGGAUGUUUAAACUUUAAACAAUUUUUUUUUUUAUAUAUAAUAAGCUAUUGAAUAUAUCACUGAACAAAUAUUUUGUUAAAUAAAAACCAAUUCCUAGUACAUAUAGUGUAUAAUUUAUUGUUUAUAUAGUAGUACAUGCGAUUUUUGAACUGUGAUGCUCUAUGGAGUCGAAGAGUUCUGUAAGAGUGAUGUAGGUUAUCCGUUUACACAUCCAAAUUCAAUAUUAUUACCUAGUUGCAUUAUAAUGAAAGGUACUUAGAUAUUGUUUUAGAAACUAGAGAGAGCUGCGUGAACAAAUAAGUUUAAGAACAACUGCAAUAGUGCAUUAGUACCUAUAUAUUGUAUUAUAUUUUACAGCAGAGAAAGAUACUGUAUUAUAAUUUUCGAGAUAUUUGUGUGUAUUAUUUUUAUUGUAUUAUAAUAAUA